GAAAGGGGAGUGAAGUGUGAACCCAACCAAACUCAUCUGUCUUCAUUGAAAAAACGAAAACCUCAAAGUUGGAACCUUUCCGUCUUCGUCUUCUUCUUCUCCGCUCCGUGACGAACGAUGCUCUGUAUCAAAGCCGAAGCUCUUCAUGAAGAUCAAAACUUAGCCUCCUCUUCUUCUUCUUCUCCCAGCACCGAUCGCACCUUCGGAAAUGCCACUUUUCGUCUUCCCAUCAAUUGGGGAAGCUCGAUCCGGAGGUAUUUGAAGAAGACUGGUACAUUCUCGAGAAGAUCUUACUCUUCUGGUGAUGGCUCUUUGUUUUUUCCUCAUCUCGAUGUUUUGAAAUUGCAGGAAAGCAAGAUGCUUGAUCAAACUAGGGGUAGAUUUGAUGGAAAGACCAAACUAUGGUACAAAUGUGAGCUUGAACAAGAUAUUAAGAGAUUGCAGCAGCAAUUACAAGAGGAGAUUAACUUACGGUUAGCUCUAACUAGCGCAGUUGAGCAUUCUAGUUCCCCGUUCAUGGAUUCGCCUUGUCAACUUCCUGAUAAGGCACAAGAGCUUUUGGAUAGCUUAGCAAUACUGGAAAUCACGGUGUCUAAGCUUGAGCAAGAAUCAGUUUCCUUGAGAUAUCUACUUAGGCAAGAGAAAAACGAGCGGCGCCUCUCUGAGAUUCUACAAAAGAAGGCUCAUUAUUCUGCUCCCUCAAAGUUCACUAAUGCUCAAAAUUUCCCUAACAAGUUGGUGACAAGGAAAAGAGAGAGUAAACAAGUGGAUUCUGUGGAGAGUGAAGCUUUACAAGUAGAAUGAAGAAGCAAAGAGUGAUUAUGUUAUCUUAGGCAUAGCCAUAUUGGCUGAUCAACUCCAUGAGCAAACUCUUUCUCCUCUGAGUCUAAGAGUUUUGUAAGUUUCUUCAUCCCACUGGUCCUAGAACCGCCUUUCAGACUCACCUAGCUGGUCCAUGAGCAUCUCUUCAUUAUAAAGACUCUGAGAUCUUAGAAAGAUACACAGCGCUUUUACGCAGCGCUAUUCUAUUUUCGCUCUGGCGAUAUUCGAAAUUUAACGUGGGGUAAGGUUGAUAGGAUGGUUUAUGCCCUGCAGGAGCAGCAGUGAGGAGCUUGUAUUCUGCAUUUAAACAUAGAAAGCAUUGUGGACUUGUGGUAGGCUUAUAAUCACCAAGGAGAUUAUUAGUUGUAUAAGUUUAAGUCGCCUCCCUUGGAUUUAAAGUAAAGUUGGUAAGAUUUUUAAAUUUUUGGUUCCUUUAUUCCAGUAUUCAUUUUAUAGUGGAAGACAUAUGGGUUUAUCAUAACCUUUUAAAGUUGUGACAACCUCAUAACGAUCAAAACAAGCAUGCAUUUGUUGCCAUCAAAUUGAACUUUUUAAUGGAA